UGUGUUGUGGCCUCUUCUUGCUGCGCGUUUGGCUUCUUGCUGCGCGUUUGGCUUUUUGCAACGCGUUACGGUAUUUGCUGCGCGUUUCUCUAUUUGCAGCUCGUUCCGGUAUUUGUAGCGCUUUUCUCUUUUUGCAGGUGUUUUGUCAACUUGCAUGUGUUUUCUUAAGUUGCCGUUCGUUGAGCUUUCAGGGCCACCGUAGUUUCGUCCUUGUCCGUGCACCUAAGCCCUUAUCCACAGUCAUUGUUGUUUUUGCCUAUGAGGUUUGCUACGCCACGUCCUCUUCAUGGUGUGGGUGUGUCUGCUUGGCAUCUUCAACAACAGCAACAGGAGUGUUUAAGGUCGGAUCUUAAAAGACCAUCAUGCUGGGCCGAUGUGUGACCACAAUGCAGCAGCUCGUGGGAAUGAGGUUAAAACCAUGCUUCAAUCUACACAGGAAUCUGACAGGCUUGCAUCGUGCAGUGGGUGCAGUGCGGUGGAGGAGCAGCUGUAGACCAGCCCCUCUGUUGACAGCUGCUCCUGUUCGGGCUCUCAUAGACGAACAGAUCAGCAUUAAAGGACACUUCCUACUCCCGAGCAGUCCAGUUACAGUGUGUGCACGAAUGCACAGUGAGGAUGGUGACCUGUGGGAGGCCUUCGCCCAUUAUAAUACAAAUGCAGAUGGCACUGUGAACUUGAGCAGGGAUCAUUCUAUUGGGGGAUCAUAUAUGGGCUGUGAGCCAAUGGGACUCUUCUGGGGACUGCAGCCGGCUCCUGGAGCACGAGAAGGUUUGAGAUUGCGGAAAAAAUAUGUUGACACUCCAUAUGUGGUGCACAUUUCUGUACUGGACGGGCAUGUGUCACCCAGUGAGGCACAGGGUGCUGAGCUGGCAGCUGUAACUGCUGAGCGCUGGUACAUGGCACCAGGCGUAAGGAGAAUAGAGAUUCGUCAAAACACACUUGUAGGGACGUUAUUCUUACCCCCUGGUCCAGGUCCCUUUCCUGCCAUGUUGGACCUGUGGGGAAUGGGUGGAGGACUGGUGGAGUACCGCUCUGCUCUGUUUGCAUCCAGAGGCUACGCCAGCUUCUCGCUCGCCUACAUAGAGCACAAAGACUUACCUGGCCCAAAGAACUGCCUCAAUGUUGAUGAUUCAUAUUUCAAGACAGCCUUCCACCUGCUGCGAGAUCAUCCUCAGGUCUGUGCCGACAGAGUUGGGAUGAUCGGUCUGUCGUAUGGAGUCUACCUGGCUCUUCGAAAUGCCACUCAGCCUGGUGUCAAACCCUCCUGUUUGAUUUGUAUCAAUGGACCAGUGGGAAGUACCAUCAAGCUCUCAGAUGCAGGCGGCAGGACUGAAAACAUUGAAAGUAACAAUAAAUACUGGGAGUAUGAUGACCAAGGCCUUGUCACUUUCAAAGAAAUCUCCUCGCCUGCUAAUCUUGACCCUGAGAGCAAAGUGAAGAUCGAGAACAUCACUUGCCCAUUAAUGUACAUAGAGGGAGAAGAUGACCAGAAUGCAUCAAGCACAGACAACGCAAACCUGAUCGAGGAAACCCUGAGGGCCGCAGAUAAAUCUCACCUGUUCACUCGCUUGUCGUACCCCGGUGCUGGUCACCUGAUCGAACCGCCUUACUCGCCAAAUUCAAGAAUAUCCUUAUGGAGAGUCAAACCUGAAAAAGGUGAGUCAUGUCCCAUUGCUCCAGACCCAUCAUUAAAAUGUUAAGACAAGUGUUCACUCUGUGGGGAGGUCAUCUCGCACCCCAUGCUGCAGCACAAGAAGACUCCUGGAAGAAGAUGCUAGAAUUUAUGGAAAACAAUCUGAGACGGUGAAUCUUUGGUGAAGUGGACUUUUGAGAUAGGAAAUAACUUGUGUAUGUGUGACUGUGAAAAUGCUGCAUUUAUCAGAGAGAGUUUUACAAUCCAGAAAACUGAGGGCGAAAAGGAACUUUGUUGUUGUCCUGGUGCGUGUGAAUCACCCAAAAACGUGUUCACUUCAUCCUUCAGGUCGAGCACUUUACAUUGAGCGGAGUUAAGAGUGGCCACAGGGAGGAGCUGUUUGGUCCCUGUCAGAGUAGUUCAGCUCAUGAGUAGGAGAGACCACUUAUACAGUUACACUUCCUAGCUACUGUUGAUGCAGCUGUAUUAAAUGUAUUACUUGACACAUCACAAUGCUACAAACUGCCAAGCUAAAAUUUAGAUAGAUAGAUAGAUAGAUAGAUAGACAUACACAAAUAUGGAUAGAUAGGAAUGGAAUCGCAGAGGUAAGUGUAUUUAAAAAAGUUGAAAACAGUCAAACUUAAAAUACAUGACUACAGCCUAAAUCAAAUAAAGAUAAAUGUAGGCAGUAAUGGUGACAUAUAACUAAUGGCCUGUGGGCUACUAACCCUGUAUGGAAGUGAAAAUUGCUGACGUUGUUGUUGGCCUGGCUCAAACCCAUUGCAAAACAAAUACAUUGAGAGACUGAAUGCCAUAGAACUUCUUACUUUUAUUAUAUUAUUUAUUAUAUAUUUGACAAUCAUAACUGAAGAACACAAAUGCAUGAGACUACUACACAACAAUUACUGUCAGGAGUUGUAAAGUGUACAAAGUACCUUCAGAACUGAAGAAACCUCUUGGAUGAGAGGUGAGACAUCUUUGAGAAACAUGAGCGUGUCCAGUUGACUAUGUACACUUACAACUCCUGAAAACACAAUGACCUGGGUGACAGAGUCCUCAGAUAUACACAGCAGCCACGUCCAUUAAGUAGCUUCUACAGUGCAGCCACAGAUAAAGGAUAGUAAAAUAGUUGCUGUCACACUUAAAAUAUCUGGAAAAAGAAAAUUGCAGAAUAAUUAGACUGUAACUAAUAUAUUUUAAAGAUGUGGUAUUGGAUUGCAGCAUAAAUUUGCAUACACUAUAUUUUUCUACUUUUCUCUAUUUUACCAUGCAAUAAGUCGUUUAUACAGAAAAAACAAAUGUGGCAACAACCUGCCUCCAAGUCAAAAUCUACUCAGACGUCAUCUUAAUGGGCAUUAAUCAUUCACUCCCACUUAAAGAAUACAGACACUUUUCCUAUCUACCUCAUCGUGUUCAAUGAGAUAUUAGUGAACAUGCUUAUCAGUCAUGUUGACUUGGGAUGAAGAGCUCAUGGCAUGCCGAGGUCACCAUGGAGAUGAGGGUGAUGAACUCUUUGAAGUCGAUCUCCAGGUCUCCGUUCUGGUCGAGGUCCGCGAAGAGCUCGUCCAGGGUCUCAUUCUCAUGGAUUUUCUGUUGAGCAGAAAAACCGACUGACGUUAUGAGGCAGAAAUUACAUUCAUUUCGCACCAGGGAUCUAAAAUUGAUAGAUUUAAUAAAAGAUUUACAGUUUGAGCUGAGAGUGGCAGUAGAGGAAUGUUGUAAGUUAUUUCUCUGCACAUUUACCUCAUCUUACAUUUCACAUCUCACAGUUUGAUAGAAGUGUUUCACUCUGACAACCAACCAACCAAAAUCAAAGUCAGUCAUCAAUAGAAUUCCAGCGUAGCUUUUGUCAACAUAUACAAGUAUCUUAAUUCCAAUGCACAUAGUCUCCAAAUAGUCAUAAACAGCCUGAGUGUUUAAGUUGUCGAGAGUAAUAUCAAUUCUUAUGUUAUACAGUGCUGUCAAAAACAGAGCAGUUAUUAUGAAUCCAUAACGUACCAUUAUGAAAUGACUCAUCUCAUUAUUGAUGAGUGCUUUUAGCUCCGUUUUUCUCAGGUUGCACUUGUGACCCGAGUAUUUGUGGAACACUCGAAUGAUGCUGGCCAUGCUACUCUCCAGCUCUGACAUGGUCUCCUUUGAAGCCUGCAACAAACACAACGUGACACAGCUGAGUAUUUUACUCUCACGUGAAGAUGUCAUAUGAGAGAGAUGAUUCAAUUUUAGUUUGUUUGUUCAUAAAAUGCAUUGCAGCAUAUUGUUUUAGUAACAUCAUUAUCUAUAAACUAUCACCAAUGAAUGUAUGACAAUAAUAAAGAUUGAGUCUUUCUUACCUGCAUCUGAAGAAACGCGUCUGUCUUGUAAGGAUCCUAACUGAGACAGGCAGCUUAUCCAGCAGUGUGUUCACUGCCUCACCCAAUUCACUGUCCAGACUAAAAUGUAUUGAUCAACAGCUUCCACUUACAUCUACCAUGCACUAUGUAAUGUACGACUAAUGGAUAUUAGUGGUCAGAGAUUUGACCAAAAACCAUUUGCUUUUAAAAUGUGUCACUUGAGUAUGAUCAGGUUUCGCCGUUUCUCCAAAGUCAGUUCCGGCCACAAACUGAUCUAGAGUCCUGCAAACUUCCCGCAAUUUGUGCAGGUCCUGGUUCAUAAUCAUAAUCUGUAAUGUAAAAUAAUCUUUCUAAACUCUGCAUGAGAAAGUAAAGGUUGUGAAUGUGUAAUUGUAGAAAACGUUUGAAAACUUUUACAAAUUGCAUCAAAAAAUAUGUAUAAAAACGUUUUUCUAAGUA